AUGGUGCUUGUAUUUCGCUAUGGAUGUGGAACCACAAAAGGCCCCGCCUGUUUCACCGACUGUGCUGACCACAUGAUGAACGAAACCUGCCCGCUGACGACGCCAAAACCACCCGACGUCAUCACAUUCACUGGGUUUAACGAGCGAAAAUGUCAAACUCUUGAUGCCAAUGGAACCGCGAUCAGUCUAAACUGCACAACCGGUGCGUCCGCGGCAUUACCGUCAACGACGGAAAAUGAAACAACCGAAUCGACAGUUACAACUACGUCGCCAACAACAACAACAAAACCUACAACAACAACAACUGCAACAGAAACAACAACUUCUACGGCAACAACAACAACAACAACACAGGAAUCUACGUCAGAAAGUUUAUCUACCUCACAAACUGUCUCAUCAAACGUUAUAAGCACAAUUAUUGACACUCAUUUGACCAAAAGUACUAAAAUCCAGUCAACAAAACCGCAUGUGCGAAACACUGUACCGGAAUCGACGAAAAACCAUUCUUCUGGCCUUAAAAAUGACACUGUUACGCCAUCGACUACCCCGAGUGAGGGGGUUUCAAGUGUAGCAGUAGAUCCAGCGGCUUACUGGCCCGGGAUUGUGGGAGGUGUCCUCGGAGGGGUAGCCGUAUUUGCUGCCGCAGGAUUCAUCUGUUACUGGAAUAGGCAAAAAAAACUUCAAAAAAGACAAGAGAUAUACAACGUUAAUCCAAAAAUAUUGAGAAAUUUUGAAGAAUUCGAAGAAAAUGGCACUUCCGGUAGAGCAGACGUUCCCAUGGAAACAGAACAAUACUAAAAAAUGUGUAAAAAUAUUUCAUGUAAAUAGUGUACUAUAUUUUGCGAUAAUGUUAUAUAUAUGUAAAGAAUUUAUUUACCAUAUUGUUGAAAAUAAA